CAUAUUAAAAUAAAUAAAUUGUAAUUAAUUAAAAUUGAACAGGGUCAGCAAUAUGGUCGCAAUUCCUUAUUUAUUUAACGAAAUCGAGCGCAUUUUUGAAAAUACCCCGCUAUAUGUGAUUGUGUUGGAAGCUUUUCUGCUGCUAUCGGUAAUAUGGUUGCUACUUUUCAAGCGUAAUGGGCGUGAUAAACGGUACACAAAAAUAGAGGAAGAAGAAAUUAUUUCCAAAUAUGAACCGGAACCACUCAUCGCUGAAACCGAUCCCAAUCAUCCACUGCUGCAAACACGUUUAGUCCAAUCGAAAGUAGGCAAGCGAGUAGUAGUUGACGGACAUGAGUGCUUAAAUUUAGCAACGCACAACUAUUUGGGUUUAUUAGAAGAUGACAAAAUAUUGGAGGAUGCUUGCAAUACAUUGAAGAAAUACGGCGUUGGUUCCUGUGGACCUCGUGGUUUCUACGGUACAAUGGAUGUACAUUUGGAUUUAGAAGACCGUUUGGCAAAAUUUACAGGUAUGGAGGAAUCAGUGGUAUACUCUUAUGGAUUCUCUACCAUAGCAAGUGCUAUACCAGCAUAUGCAAAACGAGGCGAUGUCAUAUUUGCUGAUGAGAUGGUUAAUUUUGCCAUUCAAAAAGGUUUGGAUGCUUCACGAAGCACUAUUUAUUACUACAAACACAAUAAUAUGGCCGAUUUGGAGCGUCUACUUAUUGAGCAACAAGAACGAGAUGCAAAGAAUCCAAAGAAGGCAGCCAAGACACGUCGUUUUCUUUUAGCCGAGGGUAUUUAUAUAAACACUGGCGAAAUAUGUCCUUUACCCGAACUUGUAGCGCUACGUGCUAAGUAUAAAUUGCGUUUGUUCCUGGAUGAAAGCAUUUCCUUUGGCACACUUGGUAAAACCGGUCAUGGUCUCACCGAACACUUUAAUGUCGAUCUGAUUGAGGUUGAUCUCAUUAUGGCAGGCAUGGAGAAUUCUCUAGCUACCAUCGGCGGUUUCUGUGUCGGUUCACAUUUCAUCGUCGAACAUCAACGUCUGUCUGGUUUGGGUUAUUGCUUCUCUGCAUCACUSCCACCACUAUUGACACAAGCAGCCAUCUCUGCACUUGACCGUUUCGAAACCGAACCGCAAAUGUUUACACAACUGCAGGAAAUUUCACGUAAAGUGCAAACGGUAUUUGGUAAAUUUUCAAAGUUGAAGAUGCGCGCCAACGAACUUUCGCCCAUCAAACAUUUAUAUAUAGCGGAGGAACGCGAAAAUGCAGAUGAGGAACGGGAAUUGCUCAUUCAAAUAGCCAAUAAGUGCAUUGCAAAGGGUGUUGCUGUUACUGAGGCGCGUUAUUUGAACAAUUUGGAGAAACAUGCUAUACGUCAAAGCAUACGUAUAACGGUGAAUCGCUUACUCACUGACUCAGAUAUCAAGCAUGCUUUCGAUGUUAUCGAAAAUGUAUCCAACGGAGUGUUGUAAAUCACACGGCAUUCAUUAUGUCUAUUUAAAAAUUAGUGGAUGGUAUUUCAAAACCAUAAAACAUGCCUUAUAGUUUUAUGUUAACUGCUGCUAUGCCAUAGUAAAAGUGAGGUUAAUUUUCAAAAUGAACAAAUAUUUAAUGCACUAAGCCACACUUUAUUAAGUAGGGAUAGUAUUCUAUUAAAUACUUGUUGUAGCUGAAUAUAGGCAUGUGCAUGCACACAAUUUCCGAGCGCUAUUUGUUUAAAUUUCAAUAAAAAUAUAAAUUUAAUUAUAUUGAUUAAAUAAUAAUAUUUUUGCAUACAUAUCACACUCUUGCUAGUUUACUAUUAUAUUGUAUAAGGKUAUACAUCCACAUUCCAUGCUAAGGCUUGUAAUUUCACUUUCUUUGAAUGUUCGUACGAAAAAAUCGUAUAUUAAAA